GAGGGGGAGGUGGCCGGGUGCUUCUCCCGCGUCCGCCAUUUUGUUGCUGUGGCUGUUGGGAACGGGCUGGGCAAAACCGCCCCGGAGGCGCGACGCUCCCUGGAGUUUAGUGCUUGGAGUGGCGGCGGAGGUCGGUGCAGAGCCGUAGGGGCGCGAGGCCGGCGCGUUCCAGGCCAGAAGUGACUGGAGCGCACCCCUGGUACGCUGGGCAGCCCGAGACCCCGGGGCGGCCUCCGCUGCGGCUCGGCUUCGCCCGCCCCGACCCCGGGCUCUGCCCCGCAUUCCCCGAGCCGGCUCCCUCCUUGAGGCGACCCCGGAGCAGGCGGGCGGCGGCGGCGGGGGAUGCUGCGGGCCCGGAGCCGAGAGGAAGGUGCUGGCUCGGCCUUGUAAGCGCGCCUCGAGGUGUGUCGAGGCCCUUCUUCGGCCCCAAAGCCGUCUGUCGGGCAGAGGCGACCAGAGCAGGCGAGAGCAGCCGCGCCCCGACCCGCCGCAGGGCCCCGUUCCGACACCAUGUCCUCCGCCAGGUUCGACUCCUCAGACCGCUCCGCCUGGUACAUGGGGCCGGUGUCGCGCCAAGAGGCACAGACCCGGCUCCAAGGUCAGCGCCACGGCGUGUUCCUGGUCCGCGACUCCUCCACCUGCCCCGGGGACUAUGUGCUGUCCGUGUCCGAGAACUCGCGGGUCUCCCACUACAUCAUCAACUCGCUGCCCAACCGCCGUUUUAAGAUCGGGGACCAGGAGUUUGACCACUUGCCCGCCCUGCUGGAGUUCUACAAGAUCCAUUACCUGGACACCACCACCCUCAUCGAGCCCGCGCCCAGGUAUCCGAGCCUGCCAGUGGGGUCUGUAUCAGCACCCAACCUGCCUACGGCAGAAGAAAAUCUGGAGUAUGUACGGACUCUCUAUGAUUUUCCUGGGAAUGAUGCCGAAGACCUGCCCUUUAAGAAGGGUGAGAUCCUGGUGAUAAUAGAGAAGCCUGAAGAACAGUGGUGGAGUGCCCGGAACAAGGAUGGUCGGGUUGGGAUGAUUCCUGUCCCUUAUGUUGAAAAGCUUGUGAGAUCCUCACCACACGGAAAGCAUGGAAAUAGGAAUUCCAACAGUUAUGGGAUCCCAGAACCUGCUCAUGCGUAUGCUCAACCUCAGACCACAACUCCUCUACCUGCAGUUUCCAGUACUCCUGGGGCAGCGAUCAACCCUUUGCCAUCCACACAGAAUGGACCUGUCUUUGCAAAAGCAAUCCAGAAAAGAGUACCCUGUGCUUACGACAAGACUGCCUUGGCAUUAGAGGUUGGUGACAUUGUGAAAGUCACAAGGAUGAAUAUAAAUGGCCAGUGGGAAGGGGAAGUGAAUGGGCGCAAAGGGCUUUUCCCCUUUACGCACGUCAAAAUCAUUGACCCUCAAAACCCGGAUGAAAAUGAGUGAUUGCUGUUGCCCUGUUUCCUGCUGCUUCGUUGUUCUGCCUGUCAUAGUCUCCUUUGAAGUGGGAAAGCAUCCUCUCUCAUAGGCAAAUUACACUGCGUUGCUGACGUCCAGCUUUCUGCAGACUGACGGUCUCUCAUACACAUUUGGAAUGCACACAGUGGCUGCCUCGGCAUUUGUAUCAUAGUCGUAUUGUCAAAGAGUAGCCAAUUUUAGAGUUCUUUUGGAUCAUAAACUGGAAAUACUGGUGGAAGCACACAAGUGGAGAGAAGUUGACAAGGAAGGGGUCUGUCUUCUCAUCACUGCCCUGUUUGUACUUGUGACUGAUUUUGUCAUGUUCUUCAGAGAAAGCUUGAGGCUGUGGUGAGACAUUGCACGUUGCUAUUCCACAAAGCAGUGGCUCCGUCGCCAUUUUGUUUUUCCUUUGAAGAACAGAGGAAAUAAACCUUAAAGAAGAGGGAAUUCUGUCCUAACUCCCCAAAUCUGGCUUUUCUUUUUUUCUUUUGAUUUGGUUUGGUUUUGGAAGACUUAACUAAUAAGACUUGUGUGUUCUGAACAAACUUUUUAAGUAGCAGGUUGGAUUUUUUGAUAAUACAAGGAAUGACACGUGCCUCUGAGCUUCUAAACUGAAGCUUCUGUAACUAAAGGAAUAUAAAAAAAAGCAACCCUGAAGCAGAGGCCUUUAUUGUCUUGGUUGCCAGUAGUACCUUGUUUUGCCAUAGAGCAAACAACACAAACAGCAGAUGUGUGCCAAGCUGUGUGCACAGCCUCUUGGAUUACAUUGUCCCCAAAAGCAUCCAAGUGGGGGGUGAUGUGGGAAACCGUUGCUUGCCUUGUUUGCCAGUGACAGGAGCACCGGGGGAGCACUUGGCUCGUUUUCUGUCCAGCGUUUCAGUGAAUGCACCCCUUUAAGGUAUAGGUAUAAAAAGUAAGCUUGUUCAUAGAAUCAUUGAAUUCAUGAAUGAAUCUUUAAAUUCCACUCACUGAAGCCCAGUCCUCCCUGCCCCAGCCUCACCAGGCUGCCAGAGAAAAAUGGUGCUGCUAAUACUGGUUCCACAGUCUAUGUGUCCGUGAUGCUCCCAAGCAAAGAAAAUGCAAGCUCUGGAAAUUGGUUAAUGCAUUUGAUGUCUGAUGUUUUGUUGACUAGGGAGAACCAUUAACCAAUUUACCAUUAACCAUUUACCAAUUUAAUUUUAAAGUUUCCCUGUUAGCUAAAAGAGGCCUAUUCAUACAAACUGGCUAGUGCAAAUUGUGACUGAUCCCUCAUCUGCUGCACAUAGGAGACUAGAAUUCUGGAACCUUCAUGAGGUGCAGUCUACUCUCCCCCUGGACACUGGUGAAGACACGCCUCAGCUCAGAAUGAAUAUAGCAGACCUAGAAAUGUAGCAGCAAACUAAUGAGUAACUCUAUCGUUUACUGAGCAUCUGCUAUAACCAUGGCCCUGUCUCCCGAGGGGCUUAGGUUUUGAGGGUUAGAGCAAUAUAUUCCGGUGACAGAACCAACAAAACAACAGUUUUUCAAUUUCUCUUUAAAUCAGUAUUCCAUCAGGUAGGUAACUACCAUAUUGAAGAAUCUUGAGAGUGUUCUGUGACAAAAUGAGUGGUCAGUUGGAAAAAGCACUGUGGUUACUCGUCUGUGGUUUUCCUGAAAAAGGCUUAGUGAUCAGCUCUUCCUAAUCAGUGAGAACUGUGGCCACCUCCUGCUCUAGAGGUGCCUGUCUAUUGCAGUUGCCUCUUGUUCUGAGUUUAGGCCCAGCCUGGUGCCCACAAGUGGCACGUGUGUGGCAGGGUCCCCACACGCUGCCUGGAAGCACUUGCCCGGCGGCCAGUGACUCAAUACCUGAGGAGGGUGUCUAGCAGAAGGUGGAAUGUGUGCCUUGUUCAAAGAUGGCACAAACCCUAAGGUCUUUUUAAACCAAAUUUAGCUGAGGGGCUUGUCACCUUUUGAUGACAGUAGUUGGCUUAGAGCACAGGAAGUAUAUGGCCAUUUUGGAAAGCAGUUUCCUUUCAGCUGUGUCUACUGACCAGUAGCAAGACUUCAGAAUCAGAACACCCCAUGCACCUAGGUUUGGCUUCAUAAGUCUGCUUAUCACUUCAGCCCAUGUACAUGCCUCCAGGGCUGCCCAGGAUAUUCCGAGCCCGAAAGAGGUGAGCCUGAGUUCUGAACUCUCAAGAUAUGUGCCAAAAGUAGUACCUUUUUGACUUAGAACCUUAUUAGUUUUUUAAUCAGGCGGGGAAAUUCUGUUUUUCACACUAAAUAUACAAAAAACAACACCCCCGCCUCAGCUUUGUGCCUGGGUUCCCCUGUGGUCUGGGAAGACUGCUUCAGAAAGUGAUGCGAAUCUUCCAGAGGAGCUGCCUUCCCUCCUGGGCGGGUUUCACUUUUAGGAUUGUUCAUUAUUGCUGCGUGCUCUGUUCUACUGUGUGUCAUUUAAGAAAAUAUCAGGAUGUUAAAUUAAUUCAAGAAGUGAAUAAAGUACGUACUGAAGGGCAUUGAGAGUUUGAUUCGAAACUUAUUUAUCCUGGGAAGGACCUCCAGCACGGGAGGCAUCCUUGUCAUUUCUGCGAGGUGUAUUACCACCUGAUGACACUCUUAACGAGGAGGAGGACGCAUCGACUGGCUGCCAUUUGACGACUUUGGUCACCCAGAUGAGGCACCAUCUGUGCUCCUGGUUGGAAAACUGAAAGGGGGGCAGAACAGCUGCUCCCUCGUUGGAGCUCAGCAUCCCUGGCACCGUGCUCACCUUCUUAUACGGCUGUUUACAGACAAGGCGGGCCCGGACAGAUGGUCAUUGCUCUUGGAAUGUUUGCUCAGAGGAAUAGGAACGUUUUAUUUUUGAAAAGCGAUGAUGUGUUUUUGUGCCAGGUGUUUAUAAUUUAAUCCUUUAAUGUUAUGUUCAUUAACCUCUUAAAAUGAGUGAAUUCUUGAUUGUUUUAACACAGUACCUAAGACUAAUGCUUUCUGUGGACACCACUGAGCUCUGCCUCAAACUCCAUCCACCCUCUGGGACCCGAGACCUAUGUCCCUGGUAACUGCUGUCAGCAUGGACACUGAGCUAGUUGUAUGUUCUAAAGGAGUAGAAGGACAGUUCUCUGGGACAGGGUCGUUGUCUCUGCAGGAGGAACAGUGGCCUUGCUUCUAGACGGUCUUCACUGUGUGUUUUAAAACGACAACAACAACAACACAAAACUCUUUUGACCUGUAACUUAAAGAUCAUAAACUUCAGGCAAUAAUAUUUUCUGUGUAAGCUUUUAAAAUUAUUUUUUGGGAUCAUAGCUUGUUUUAUUUUGUGCUAUAAAAUUAACAGUAUUAAAUGACUUAUAUUCUUAGAAUACAUCAAGUGUCUUUUCUUAACAGAUUAGUGCGCCUUUUUAUUUUUGUAUUCCAUUUUACGUUACUGGUCCCAGCAUCAGGAACCUUGUUUCCAUGGCCUGUUUGUACAUUGUCUCAAUAAAACUUACAUCAGCCGGUGGUGGCAGCGG